UUUCAAACUUGCCCAUUCCACAUUUCCAAGAUGUAAAGGCACAAAGUUAUUUCUUUCCUCUUCGCCGCCUCUACUGUUAAUCGUGGUAUUCAUGAAAACCAGUAACAUCAUGUCCAAAAAGCCUAGCCGAGCACGCUUCUUCCCUCUCCGAAUCCGAAGCCCCUUCCACAGACGCUCUGGGUCGUCGGAGGGACGGGCAGCUUCCCCCGCCGCCACUGCUACCAGGACAGCAAGUCAGUCGCCUCCCACGCCGUCUCCUCUCCCGUCAGCCACUGCGCCGUCCUCGUCUACUCCUGCGCCAUUGCCGCCGCCGGACCGGGACCUAUGGGUGGAAGCUAUUGAACAGGCGAGUGAUAAGGCGAAAAAAUGGAUGAUAGCCAAUGGGUGUUAUGGGAAGCCGGACCCGAGGUCUGCUAAGGUCAAAAUCCAGGAGCUGGUCAAGAUCGCCAAGAAGAGAGAAUCUCGCUACAGUGAUCAUCCCUUGGCGAUCCGGAUCGGAACUCAGAAAAUCAUAUUUGGAGACUACGUGGCUGACUUUGUACGGUGUCUGACUAUGGUUGGAGACGCCGUCAUACCUUUCGCACCGUCCGAGGUCAGCGCUCCGUGGUCGGUUGUGAAGGCUGUCAUGCAGGGGCGUUGCAUCCAUCUCCUCGUUUUCUGCUGCUUCAUUCGUAUAAAAACAGCGAUUGCUUUCUUUGGGUAGGUAGUGAAAGCUAAUAUGGCGUGUUGGAUUCCCGUCAUGAAUGCCGAGCAGAUCUGUACACUCCUUGGAACUGUCGAGAGAGUUGUGCGCAUCAUUCAACGAGGCCAGGUCUACGAAUUCCUGUAUACCGCCGAUACUACAGGGAAAGAUGCCGCGGGAAGCCUCCAGAC